CUUGUACUCAAGGAGUUGCAAGAGCAAGUGACUGACUUGCGUAGGGCGGACGUACGAACAGAGACAGCUUUCCAGCGCGAGCUAUGUCCCUGCUUCAGGUGUGUUACGGUUACACGUGGCAAAAAUCAAGAGGUUUCCCGAGUUUCUAGUUCCUUCGGAUAUUUUAGCAGUCCGUAUCCUUUUAGAUGUCAUACGAAAUCGGUUCUACACGUAUGGUUUUCUCGCAGACCAGAGAGCUUCUCUCUCUGUAUCUUCCGCCUACAGACAUCGCCCCUUUCACGACUUCUGUGGCUACGACACAAUCCAUAUCAGUCAGCUGAUGCUACUCUCUUUCCGCCAGGACGUUCCUUAGCUUGAGUGGUUCCUCUCCACAUCCUUUCCCGACACUGAAAGUCGCUGCAUGUUCUGAAGGAUGCAUCAGUCUUCCGUUUUUCAUCUCUGCAGCAGCCUACACACAAUCGGUGCGCGAUUGGAGCGUUUUCACCGAGACAGUUCUGCAAGCUGUUUUCAUCCCAGAGGUCGGACGAGACCUCUGCACUUUUGCGAUACCCAAGAAGGCUGCUUUGAUCGUUCUCCAAAUCGAAUAAGUCUUGAUGGAGUAGAGAGGUAGCCCAGAGACCGGAAGAUGGCGUAUCCGCCCGUGUGCGAGACGCCGGGGGACGACCUCGCCUCUCUCUGCUCGGCUUCGUCCGAGUUUCUUCUGGGAUUCCAGACGUUUACUGUGGCGUCUGACCUCACCGGGUCUUUUUCUCCGUUGCAGGCUUCGUCCUGUGAAUCGUCCUUUAUCCCGCGUGGAACGGCGACAGGCGUACAUACACCCUGUGAAACGCCGCUCGAGGCUCUACUGCCUGGCCCUACUUUGCAGUCGCCAACGUUCGAAGGAGACCACACCUUUGCAAGAGGUGACACAACUUUCCCUCAUGGGGAAAAGAACCAUCCUUGUAAAUCUGUGAGCCGCAAAACGGCCACUGACGUGAACGCUGCUCCCGGCACAACGGACAGUGUCGACGACCGACCGUCGUCCGCGACUGCCGCGGUCCGGGGCGCUUCUCCUCCGUCUACGAUUCAUUGCGCUUCAUCAUCUGCAGAAAAACUCUCCGAACAGAAGACCGAUGAGAAAAGCGGCUUCGCCCGGAUCAGGGGGGCUCAGAAGAAUGGCCUCCCCUGCGGUGGAGACACGCAUCUCUGUCUCCAGGCGACGACGGAGACGACGACCAGAAGAACACAGGGGUCUGCCUCAGAGCCAGCAGGCGCACACGCUCAAGGGCGAGAAGAGGAGGAAGCCGGGUACCGCCAAGUGGUCACGCGGUUUCAGUUUCUCAAGCAGCUGCGCCAUCCCCACCUGUGCGUGUACACUCACAUUCUCCGUCGAGCGGACCGGUUCUUCGUCGUCUCCGAGUACUGGUCUCUGUCUCUCGCGGAUCUGAUCUACCAACGCGAGCAGGCGAGGACGCCGUCACCCUCCACUCGUUGCGACACUUCGUUCCUGGAAGCCGUGGCGCUCCUCCCCGAGGCGUUUCUGCGGCGCAUGGCCUCCCAAGUUCUUUCUGCUCUCGCGUUUCUCAACGAACAGGGUCUGACCCACGGCCGCCUCUGUCCCUCGACCAUCCGAUUCACCUCCAGUGGAGACGUCCGACUGUCCGACUGGGGCCUGGCGCAUCUCUCGCGGCAGGGGCACUUGGCGCCGCACACCCGUCUCGCACCCUCGCCGCCCUUUCUCACGCCUCAGCAGGCGCUCUUCGGUUCUUCCUAUGCCACCCGCAUGCCCCCGUUUUCAAAAGACGACACCUGGGCGCUCGGCGCUGUUCUCCUCCAGGCCGCGCAAGGGCCUCCCCGGCUGUUGCCCGGCGUCCUGCUGGCGCUUCUCGCGCAUGCAGCGGAGGAGCAGCGGACCCGGGAGGCCGCACAGAGGCGGGAGGCGGAGGCGAGGCUUUCCCGCGUGAGACAGGGCGGCGUCGCAGGGGCUGCCCGAGAGGGCGCCUUCCACAUAGAGAGUUUGACCUGUGCCGAGCGCCUAGGUACCGCGAUGAAGAACUCCGGCAACCAAUUAGAAGCAGAACGCCGAGAGAGCAAAGGGACGCAGGAUGGAGAGACGGACGUCCGUACGUGGGAGACCAAAUGGGAGAGAGAAGUCGAGGGGCUUCUGGGGAUCAAGUGGGCCUCAGGCCCCUGGGACGACUGGGCCGGCUGCGAGCGGAGAAUCCGAGGGGAAGGCAGCUGGCGUCUGGCCUCGCAAAAUCUCGAGGAAGAAGAACUGCUGCCUCGUCUGCAUCCACUCCGUACGCUCCGGGCGGUGGAACACGCGGCCAUGAUGCUGCUGUACGUCCACUGGGCCUAUGAGGACCGCAUGCGCCCCCAUUUCGAGCGCAUGCUCACCUCGCUCUCCAAGGAGGAUGCGGGAGAAAGCCGCGAGAAGUAUCGCUUCUCCGACGCACGCACAAAGUCCCGUCAGACAGCCUCAACCCCACAGAUCACGCCCUCCUUCUCCUGCAUCGGUCGCGGGAUGACUCGCCGUCUUCUGGACCAGAAAGAGAAGUUGGUCGAGGAGCUGCGCCAGGUCGUCAGCAAGCCGUGCUGCCUCGUGGAGCCGGAGGCGUAUGCCUCUUUGCUAAGUCUCCUCUCCACCUGUCUGGAAAGGCGCGAGAGUGCGCGAGAAAAAGAAGCGCAUGCAGAUGGAGCCGGCGAAGGGGAGCAUGGGCAGGUAAAGCAAACAGAGGGGCAAGCGAAACGUGUGUCUUUGUUGUGUCACGCGUCGGCUGCUUCCUCGCAGGUCCCCGCCUUUGACGAUAGCACCUUCUUGUGGGCAGUUCUCUGUUCGCACGUUGGCUGGUUCGCUGGCACGUCUCUCUUCCCUUCCUCGUUUUCUUCUCUGCUCCUUCACGCCUCUUCUCUUCCGGGCUACCACCAUGGCGGCUGUGGCGCGUCUGCUGACGCGUCCAGCGCGGUGGAUCUGCCUUCCGAGGCUUCUUUCGGGGCACCGUUGUCGCCAGGCUUCCGCGAGUUUCUGCGAAGAAUCCUAGAAGUGAACCCCGACCGUCGCCUGACGCCUGCAGAAGCUCUCAAUCUGGCGUGGGUCCACGAACUGCCUGCUUCUGUGCAUGCGCCGGGGCCGCUGGUCGCGCGCCGGAGCCCAGCGGCCGGUCUGUCCCCCACCACUGGAGAAGGACGUUCGCAGAGAGAGGAACGGAAUCCGGGGGAGAUGUGCACGAGAGAACACUGUGGAAGCAAAUCCGAGGAGACAGGUACGCACGGACGCUUGUGCGACACGAAGAGAUGCGAGCGGGACGAUGGCGCGGAGACAAGGGCGGUAGCCAGCCUGAGGAAGAGUAAGGAGAUCCUGAUGUGCCCUCAGACAGCGGAGGCUGCUCAACUCUUGCUUGACUUGCACAUUGACGAAGAGCUUGAAAGAACGAACAACAAUUCGAGGCAUUCUCGCGGGUGCGCCUCUGUCCGCAGCUCUGACAAUCUGAAAGACUACCUUUGGCGACACCACAACGUUCCCCUGGAGGAAAUCUUCUUUUGGUGGCAACUCCGAGGCGGCGACGUCCACACCACCCUGGUGGACUUGGGCGCCUUGCGGCCGGUUCCGCCGAUCCUUCGACUUCCGCUCUGUUGUCUCCUGCGUCAUCAGUCGCCCUCCUCCUCUUCUGGUUCCUUUUCUGCGCACGCGUUUUCUGCUGUUCGACACCUCAACGAUUACGAAAGAGCGGGCGAACUCUCCGUUCCCUCUUCGUCUUCUCUCUGUCCCUCAUCUGUCUCCUCCUCUGUGCCUGUCUCGACGCGUCUCUCUCAAGGCAGAGAUGCAGCACCGCAGAGGCGCUUGCCUCACUUUCAGGAGACUCCCGAGUCCUCCAGUUCUGUGUCCGUCUCGUCUCCUUCUCCCCCUCCAGAUGCAUGCGCCGCAGGCCACAAGGAGCUGGAUGAAGGGGCGUCUCGCGCUCGCUCGAGCUUGUACGAGCGGCUUUCGUUUCUCUCGCCUCUAGUCGACUUCCGCCUGCUUCACGAUCAAGCCCCUUCGAGUGAGAAGACAAAUACCGAAAACUGCCCCCGCGCCUGUCUGUGCAACUCCCUUCCUUCUCUCCUCGCUUCCUGCUCCUGUUCUUCCUCUCGAAGAGACAGCCGCAACGGAGGCUCCUCGUCUCAGAAGCGACAAGGGAACACAAAGGAAAGAGACGCAAGACAAGAGGGGGGACGCGAACACAUAGAAAGAGAAGGUGCAGAAAGCGAGGAGAGAGAAGAGGGAGAGCGUUCGGAAACUCGCGACGGAACGAAGAAAGGCGACGACGUAAGAAGCGAUGCUUUGGGCUGCUCGCCCUCCGCCCGACCGCCACUGUCUCUAAAGCCGCGGCAUCCCGCGGGGAUCUCAAGAGACGAAGCGUGGGGCCGAGGUGGCGCACAACGCUCGGGUCCCCAACGAUCAGCGGCCCGCGAGGGAGGCGCCCUGGAUGACGAAACAGAGAGAAGAGAGGAAGGUUUCAUGCAGACAGUCGUCGAAGAUCGCAGCUUCUUCGCGUGCGGAUUCAGUUCUGGACGGAAUUGGCUUGAAGUCGAAAUGAACUGGGUGGAGGGCGACGCGCGAAUCAGAGGCGUGUCCAUUCAGGACACCGUUGCCGCUCUACAGGAGGCGGACCGAUUUUCUGUCUCGCAAAUGCAAGAGGUCCGGCCGCGGUGUCAGUACAUGAGGCAGUUUCACUUUCUCUAUCAACGGCUAAGGGUCAGACUCUUCCGCUCUUUGCUCGUCCAACUGCCAAAGAGUCUCAAGCGCUUGACAGACGAAGCAGCUGUAGACAUUCCGCCUCUCCUCCGCCCGCAGAUUUGGGCCACGCUGUUGGGAGUGAAUUUCGCGGCAGAGGUUGCGGCAGGGCCUUUCGUUUUCGAGCAACUCGUGCUGGAAAGUCUCGCCUCGCCUGCGGAUCGGCUGCUGGCAAACGACGACUUUUCUCAAUGCUACGAACAUCACGACUUGCUAGGAAGCCGCUACGGUCGUCGGCAGCUUCGUUGCCUUCUGCAGGCGCUGUUUGCCCAGAAUUCCGGGAGGAGUUCUUCAUCUCUCUAUCCCGUUCCCGCGUCACCCUCCUCGCUGUCGUCUUGUCGCUUUUUCUCUGCGAGAGGUCUAGACGCGAUAGCGGCGCCCCUUCAGCUUCUGUACAUGAACCACCCACAGAUCGCACUGGCGUGUCUGGACAGACUGUUGACUCGGCAAGGCCAGUACAAGCUUUUUGGCUGCGACAACGCCGCCGCAAUUGAGGAGCAGCUUGCAUGCUUCAGUCAGUUGCUUUGUUUCUUUGAUCCCCUUCUCGCUGUCCACCUCCAGCGAAUAGGCCUGGGUCCGGAUCUGUACGCCCUGUCGUGGCUGUUGACGUUGUUCGCCCACGCUUUAGAUCUUCCCCAGCUUUUCCUUCUCUGGGACUUCCUUCUUGUGCAUCCGCCGUCCUUUCUCCUCUUCGUGUGCGUCUGCCUGCUCCAUCACAUUCGCCUUCCGCUUCUGCGUCUCGAACCCGACGAAGAGAGCUCUGCCCUUUCCUUGUUGCGCGCCGCCUCCGCCUACCUGCACGUCCCUGCCCUCUGUGGGGUCGCCUCUGCGCUCGAGAAGGAGACACCUGUUUCCGUGACGCUGCCGUUCCUAGCUAGGAAAUCGGGUCUCUUUACCCGGGAAGGCAUAGAAGCAGACGAGGGAGAGAAGAACGAUGAGCAGCAGCAAAGAAGAAGGACGCGAAGAGCACAAAAAAGCUUUCCAGGGGGUGCUUCUGAGCAAGUACCAGCGCCUGCGGAGGAAGAAGCAGAGCCCGAGAAGGGGAGCGGAAGGGAAGACCCGGAGGGCGAUGAAGGCCAAGAUGCGGACUCUUCGUCGAUUCAGGAGGUACACGGCUUCUCUCAGAUCGGGACACAGACGGACGAAGAAAACGCACAGACAGCAACUCGGAAACAAGAUGCCAGUCCCAGAGAAGACCUGGCUGCCUCGGCCCUAGGGGCUGUGCGGUUCUACAUCGGAGAUGAUUUAGACGAAGAGAGAGAGAAACGGAGUGCUUCCUCUGCAGGACACGGGACUUGGCGGAGCCCAUCUCUGGAGCAGCGGCUGCGCGCACGCCUUCUCGGAGGAGCCAUGAGCAGCGAAUCGCGAGAGGAUGCCAAGAAACAAAAGAAGAAAAAACAAUCUCUCGUUGCUGCUAUGAUCCAGGGACCUGCAAAUCUGCUGAUGGGACCACCGCGCAAGCCUCGGCGAAAGUUCGUCGCGGACGAUGAAGAAGACUCUGACAGCGUGGCCAGAGGUACCGCGUUACCAGGGUAAAACACCGUAAAAAAACAGUCAAGAAACCUGUGUGCGACAAGCCGACAUCGCGAUGCUAAAAUUCCUCGCAGAAAACAGUUAUAGUACAAACAUUGUAUCGUAAAAAGCCGUCUGAAACCCGUUCAGUGGGACGGUGAUGUACGGCAGUCAUAAAGAGCCACGAUGCAGGAACUGCUGAUGCAGGCAACACUGUUAGAGAUGCCACAUACGUACAUCCGCAUGUAUCUACACUCGUGCUGCCGCACGUUUCUGCCUCGUCAACACGGGAAAGAUUCAUCCCUUCACGUCAACGCAGACACUCGUGUGGGCACUUCACAGAGAUGCUUUUUCCUUUACUCGGCUUCUCCUGAUCUUCGAAUGGGCUGUGCUUAAGCGGUUUCAUCCCGUGGGUAUGCACGCGUGUGCAAAUUGGCAAAUUGCAUGCGAAAUACGGUGUUCGUAGGCAGAUAUACGACGAGAGGAGCACUGUGUGUAGGAGUGCAAAGGCGUCCACGCACAGUUGCUUUGUCCACUCGAAUGUCAGCGCAUCUGCAUGCAAGUGGCGGCAUAUGUGUAUAGUAAGUUUGUAUUGUGUGGUCACCCCGUCGAUAUGUGGUGGAUAAACGCACGUUCAUGGUUUCCGGUAUAAUCUGUGCUGUGAAACGGUCGCGCUUGCACCCUGGUGUGUUUAGGAUCGAUCCCCUUCAAGCGUUAUUGAAAGAGGAGCGUUGGUGGGAGACGUUCGAGGACAGAAGGGCGGCAGAAGCCCCUCGAGGUGUAGCGCGUGCAUGGAGACUAGAUGCGGCGGCUCGAGGGAAUUUCUUUCCUCCUUUCCUCAGUGUAGAUGAUCUCUUGGACCACCACAUGCAUGCGACAGUCCUGGAUGUUCGCCCUGCAGCUUCUUUUCGUCAGGUGCAUUUCAUCACUGCUAAAAAUGUGGCCGCAGAUGCCCCGUCCGCUGUCCUCAUUCCUCUUCUUGCUUCUGCUGCUUCCUCUGCAACCGCAAUGGGAGCGCCCUUCCCGGCGUCUAUCCCCAACUGGAAGUGUCCAGACAGCGCCGACGACGCGGCCUUAGGGGGAUUUACCUACUGUGGCGCGUGCAGCGAUAUUUGUAACGCUUCUAGCACAUCUGCGUUGCUUUUCACCCCUCAAUCCCGUUCUUCUUCUUCGGUUCUCUCGGCACCUGCCUUGCACUCGUCGUCCUUCGGCGCUCGCCUCCAUGCAACGUCCUCUCCACAAACACGAGUGAACUCUGCGUCCGUGGGACCUGAGCGGCGAGGCCGGUUUGGGGGAAUGUCUUUUGCCGUUCCUUCUCGAGAAGGAUUGGAAUUUGCUUCUCAGAAAAAUGAAGAGAAAGGGGGGACAACUGCGGAUGCCCACCGCACAGAUUCUCUCAACUAUCCAGGGAAAAGCGCUUCUCUGUCCCCCCCUGUCAUCACGCCUUACUCUGCUGUAGGCCCCUCUGUCGCACCCUCUUUGCCCUAUUACAAGGAAAGCGUGAAUGAUGGGUCGCCUUGUGAGACUGUAUACCCUCACGCGAAUAUGGUGGCCCCGUGGCUCAAGGGCGAAGAGCGAAAUAUUCAUUUGAUUGUGGUGACGGGAAGUCGCGCAGAUGCGGGUGUGGCCCUUGCUACGCGUCUGCAGAGGGCCGGGGUGUUACAUGUCUGCGUCCUGCGAGGGGGCAUUGAUGCCGUUCUCGCAGAUGCUCCGGUCUGCUUCUUGGAAAUAGGGACCUCUGGAAAGUGACUUGUGUUCUGAACGCAUAGAGCCAAGGAAUACACAGCGGCGGCUGGGGACGGGAAAGAGAGGGAGCUGAAGCAUGGAAGGAAGGAGAAAAUCCAUCGAGAGUUGAGAGGGAUUCUGCUUCCUGCUGUUUGCUCGAGUUAGAGACGUGAAAUGUAGAGAAGGAGGUCAGGACCAAAAAUCGGAGACAUUGGGACGGCAGUGACUACGGACGCGAUGUACUGGCAGAGAACGUCGACUAUGACUAACGCAGAUGCCGUGCAGGAACCAGCAUGUGCCUACCACCAGACAACCCAUCAAGGCCGCAUUGGUUGCUUUAACAUACUGCAUAUCUUUGUGUACGCAUGCAAUAAUAAGCAGGAUCCGAAAACAGACAGUAGUGCGGGUAGGCGUGCGCGCUUCCACUCCUCUGUCGUUUGCGUUUGACUUGAGGAAUAGCGUCUCUUUGUACUGCGAAAACCCGCACACAAAGGAAAGAGACUGAAAUCGCUACCUUACCUUGUAGAUAUUGGCAAGACUCGGCAUUGGUGCUUUCUGUGUAGCGUGGUGUCUGCCAACGAAGUCAAACAGCAGUUGCUUUGUCAUAUGGCAGUGGCAAAAUGUGCGCUUCUUGCUCGGCACAUGCUUCUCAGCUUCCAUUUUAGUUGCAGCAACAUAAAAUAUACUACUAGUGGUUUCUUUAGAGUUGAGGCAGAACUCCCUCACAAGUACAUGCAAAUGGGAAGAACUAAUGAACUCCGUAUAUGCAUGUGGCGCGUGCGCCGAUCUAAAAUCGUGAUGUCUUUUUGU